AUGGUCGCCCGCCUGCCCGCCCGCCGCUUUUUCUCGCAGUCGCGCAGCCAGUCCUCUGACGCCGCCGCCGCCGCCACCGCGUUUCUCUCGCGCUUUCAGUCGCGCGGCCCUCAAACCCGCACGCAGACCCUCGAUGCCAAUCAGCUACAGCUGCUCAGCCUCACGCUCGGCCGUCCCUCGAUCUUCCCGCGCGCCCCCUCGCUCGCCCACAGCCCCCCGCCGGUCGACACCGCAGUGCCUCCCGGGUACCACCUCGUCUACUUCACCCCAGCGUUCACGGAGUCCGAACUCGGCGCCGACGGCACCGAUGCCUCCUACAACCCCGAUGCGCCCUUCACCCGUCGAAUGUGGGCCGGCGGCGAAGUGCUGUGGCCGCGCGGGCCCGAUGGGAAACCCAACCCGUUGCGCGUGGGGCAGCAGGUGAGCGAGACGACGCGUGUGCUCAGUGCCGAGCCCAAGGUGGUCAAGAAAACGGGGGAGGACAUGAUUGUCGUGGCCGUCGAGAAGGCAUUCGCCAACGAGCAGGGCGUCUCGAUUGUGGAUCGUCGGAAUUGGGUCUUUCGCAAGGCCUUGCCGACUCCCUCCGCUGCAUCGGCGCCCCCAUCGUCGGUACCGCUGUCUAAUGCCUCCCAUCUCGCAACGCCUCAUCCCGCCGCCUCCACCAUCGUCACGGAGGGAAAGACGCACGCCCGCACGCUCGUCCAGACCCCCGUCACCCUCUUCCGCUUCUCCGCCCUCACCUUCAACCCACACAAGAUCCACUAUUCUCUCCCGUGGGCACGAGAUGUCGAGGGCCACAAGGAUAUCGUUGUUCACGGGCCCUUGAACCUCAUCACCAUCCUGGACCUCUGGCGUGACAUUCACAGCCAAGCCCAGCCCGUGGGGGCGCGACCGCUUCUGGCGCCCCAGCGCAUCUUAUAUCGGGCGACCAGCCCGUUAUAUGCCGGCGACGAGUACCGUGUGGUGUUAGAGGAAGGCGACGGGGACGUGUCGCAUGUCCAGAUCCUGGCCCCCGGGGGGAGCCGUGGCCAUGAAGGCGGAGAUUCAUGCCUGAACCGCUUGAGCAGCCUCAUGCACUCUCGAUAUCAUGGAUGA